UUUUUGCUUUAAUAAUAAAACGCAAUUCAGUUAUUUUAAAAUUUUAAGAGAGCUUAAAUUCAGAAAUGUGGGAGUAGCAUUGCAACAGGAUGGGAACCAGUGAUUUAGCUAGCAAAAACUUCCGUUACAGUAAUCACUACCUCUUCUUCAGUAUCUACUUCUGCUUAUUCAUUACAAAUCCAGCAGUAUCCCAACAUAAUUCACCGUCGCCAAUUAUCUCAAGAUUCCAACAAUAUCUCCAAAUCAACACAGCUCACCCCAAUCCCAACUACCACCAAGCCCAACAAUUCCUAACAUCCCAAGCCAACUCCAUAGGACUUGAAUCCCACUCCAUAGAGUUUGUCCCAGGGAAGCCCCUCCUCCUCCUAAAAUGGCAGGGCUCUGACCCCUCUCUUCCUUCCAUACUCCUUUAUUCUCACACUGAUGUAGUCCCAGUGGAGCAGCACAAGUGGGGUUACCCUGCCUUUGGAGCUCAUAUCGAUGAUGAUGGUAAUAUUUAUGCGAGAGGCUCCCAGGAUAUGAAGUGCGUUGGUAUGCAGUAUUUGGAGGGUGUUCGGAGGUUGAAGUUGUCCGGGUUUCGCCCGGUUCGAUCUGUUUAUGUGUUGUUUUCUCCUGAUGAGGAAAUUGGUGGGCUUGAUGGGGCUGGGGAGUUUGCGGAUUCUGAUGUCUUUAAGUCCAUGAAUGUUGGGGUAGUUCUUGAUGAGGGUUUGGCAUCUCCUGCUGAGUACUAUAGGCGAUUUUAUGGAGAGAAAAGUCCGUGGUGGCUUGUGAUUAAGGCAACUGGGGCUCCAGGGCAUGGAGCUAAGCUUUAUGACAACAGUGCCAUGGAGAACCUUCUAAAAAGUAUUGAGACUGUGAGGAGAUUUCGUGCUUCUCAGUUUGAUUUGGUCAAGGCUGGUUUGAAGGCUGAAGCAGAGGUUAUUUCUGUUAAUAUGGCCUUUCUUAAAGCUGGCACUCCAUCACCAACUGGAUUUGUCAUGAAUUUGCAGCCGUCUGAAGCAGAAGCAGGUUUUGAUAUUCGGGUCCCACCAACUGCUGAGCCUGAAUCUUUGGAAAGGCGAAUUGCCGAAGAAUGGGCUCCUGCUUCCCGCAAUAUGACAUUCCAGUUUAAGCAGAAAAGUGCUGUACACGACAAGUAUGGGAGGCCACUACUCACGAAGACUGAUAAUUCUAACCCAUGGUGGACUCUGCUCGAAGAAGCUGUCCAGAAAGCAAAUGGAAAACUUGGUAAACCAGAGAUCAUUCCUGGAGCCACUGAUUCCCCUUACUUCCGGCGGCAAGGGAUUCCCGCAAUCGGUUUUUCACCUAUGGCAAACACGCCUAUCCUUCUGCAUGAUCAUAAUGAGUUUUUGAACCAAGCGGAGUACCUGAAAGGCAUUGAUGUGUACGAGUCAAUAAUUAAAGUGUUUGCAUCUCAUGUUGAGCAUGCGGCCAUUGGAGAAACUAAAGAUGAAUUGUAAGAUAGCACUCACUGUUCUGCCAUUUUUGAUAUAUUGAGACUUUAGAUUAAGAAAUAUAUCAAUAAGUAGGCUAUAUAUGAGCAGAAGUGGUUCAUGUCAUGGAUUUGCGCCAUUUGAACAUGGUUAUGAUGAGUAGACUGAAUAAAUUCCUCAUUUUUCUGA